UCAUCAGGAGCAUUAGAUUGUUCAGAGCAAGCAGGUUGUUCAGAGCCAGUGGGUCGUUUAGAGCUAGCUGGUCGUUCAGGACCAGCGAGGCCAGUGGGUUGUUCAGGGCAUGCAGGUCGUUCAGGGCCAGCGAGUCAUUUAGGAGAGGGUUAUUUGGAAGCGGGUUGUUCAGAAACGA